CCCCAACCCCCGACCGUGUCUCUAACAUUUUACGUGGGGUGUCUCCACAGUUUGUGGGAAGCCAAAGAUGGUUGGGAAGGUGUUUGGUGGCCAGGACACAUUGGCUGGCCAGUGGCCAUGGCAGGCCAGUCUGCUGUACCGGGGCUUGCAUCUCUGUGGAGCUGUCCUCAUCGACUCCCACUGGCUGCUUUCCACAGCCCACUGCUUUCGGAACAAAUCCCAGGCCCCAGAGGACUAUCAGGUCCUGUUGGGGAAUGCUCAGCUGUACCAGAAGACAAAGCACACCCAGAAGAUGUCUGUGAGCCAUAUCAUCAAUCACCCAGACUUUGAGAAAUUUCAUUCCUUUGGGAGUGACAUUGCAAUGCUGCAGCUGCGUCUGCCCGUAAACUUCACAUCUUACGUUGUACCUGCCUGCCUCCCAUCCAAAGACACACAGCUCCCCAACCACACGUCCUGUUGGAUAACUGGUUGGGGAAUGCUUUCUGAAGACACAAAACUGUUACCACCAUUCUCACUCCAGGAGGGUGAGGUGGGCAUCAUUGAGAAUGAGUUCUGUAACGCCCUGUAUGGGCAAAGACCAGGCCAAAGCAGGAACUAUGUGCAUGAGGAAAUGUUGUGUGCGGGGGGCCUCUCUACUGGAAAGUCCAUCUGUCAUGGUGAUUCUGGGGGCCCCCUCAUCUGCUACCACAUCAGUGCAUGGGUCCUGGUAGGACUGGCCAGCUGGGGCCUGGACUGCCGGCAUCCCAUUUACCCCAGCGUCUUCACCAGGGUCACCUACUUCACUGACUGGAUCAGCCAAGUUAAGAGACUCACUCCACUUCCAGAACCUGUAUCUGUACCUCCUCACACAGAACCUCAGCCCAGGCCUCUGAGGGCUGCUGGCUCCCCAAAGCCCUUCAGCAUCCUCACAGCUGCACAAAUCUGGUUCCUGCUGUUAUUUGUCCCCAGAUCCCCACAGUAGGCCCCAGGGUGAGCACCGGGUCGUUAGGCAUUCUUUGCCUAGGCUUCUUCGAGCUACAGCCUCCACUCUUUAGUUUACCAUCUUCCCCCUUUUCCUCAGCAUCUCUGGUCAUUCACUGCCACUACCCGAACAAGCCUAGAAAAGCCUUACAAUAAAACCUUAGACUCCUUCAGCUCUGAGUCCACUGCCUUUGUAGCCUUAUCCCCCAGGGACCAGACUUACCCUCAGUCAGCCACCAGAGCUCAAAAGGGAGAAGAUGAAGUGCUCAAGGAACUCUUCUUGAGAAAAAGGCAUGGAAAUGGGGGCAUGCACCGCAGGGAUGCUGAGGAGUCAGGAUGCACCCUGGGAAAAGAGGGAAGCUUAUCUGGCCUUGCAGACUGUCCCUGCCUUGGAGAAUGCCAAGUCCUUCGUGGAAAGUAGAACUUUAUACUGGCCUUCAAGUACAAGAGAGCAAGGACCUCUUCCUGGAGUUAGAGCCAGCAGUAUUUCGAGAAAUU